AUGCGCUUCCUGCUGCCACUCAUCAUGGAGCAACUGCGGGAUGCGGACAGCAACAUCAGCACUAAGGCCCUGGUGGUGCUGCGACACGUGGUGCACGUCACGGGCGAGGAGACGGUGGCCAGCAUUGCUCCGCAGCUGUCCGCGGAGCUGCUGCUGCUCUUUGAUGCCGACGCUGUCCAGGUGCGAGUGCUCUCCACGCGGCUCUUCAGAGAUGUGCUGGCGAUUAUGCUGGGCACCAAAGACCAGCAGCUGCAGAAGCAAGUGCGCAGCAGCCUGCUGCCACUGCUCUUCCACAUGGAGGACGAGAGCUGCAGCGUGCGCCAGGCCUCUCGGGAAGCCCUCCUUCGCGCUGCCAAGUUCCUCAAGUGGAAGCAGCUCAGGCAGCUGGUUGAGACAGCGCAGACGUGGAGGAUCGGCGAGUGCCUGCUGGUGAGGGCCAGAAGAGCAGAAGAGUACCUGCACCAGAGCCUGACAUACUUGGAGAGCCCACAGGAGUCCUUGCGAGAGGCAGCCGUGAGGUUCACUGGGCUUGUCGGGCAGCACCUGAGGGGCCGGAGCAAGGAGAAGCUGGAGGACAUCUGCACGGCCCUGCAAGGCUUGCAGGAGGACAGCAGCCCGUCCGUCUGUUGCCUGGCGACGCAAACCAUCCUGCUCCUGAGAGCUCCAGGGAAGAUGACUCCCUCCCCAGGCACCCACCAAGGGCCGCAGCCCCCGGGAGCCCCUGAGCACCACUUGGGGGGCCAGAAGCAGCAGCAGCCAGAGUGGCUGGUGUCCGCCAUCAGCAAGCGGCUGCCCCCCUGUGAGCACUGCCACUCGGGGGGCGCAGGUGGCUGA